CUGCAGCGUCUGGCCCAGGGCGGCCCCCCCCCCCCGUCCCCUGCUGAGUCAGCCAACGCCACGCGCACCGCGUGACCGCGGCCACGUGACCCGCGCGGGGCGGGGCGCCUGCGUUCUCGCCGCUGCAGCCGCGGGAGACGUCCUCAAGAAGAUGAAGCUCAUCAUUCUGGAUCACUACUCACAGGCCAGCGAGUGGGCCGCCAAAUACAUCCGGAACCGUAUCAUCCAGUUUAACCCGGGGCCAGACAAGUACUUCACGCUGGGGCUCCCCACCGGGAGCACCCCACUUGGCUCCUAUCAGAAGCUGAUCGAAUACUACAAGAACGGGGACCUGUCUUUUAAAUAUGUGAAGACCUUCAACAUGGAUGAGUACGUGGGCCUUCCUCGAGACCACCCAGAGAGUUACCACUCCUUCAUGUGGAACAACUUCUUCAAACACAUCGACAUCCACCCAGAAAACACCCACAUCCUGGACGGGAACGCAGCCGACCUGCAGGCCGAGUGCGACGCCUUUGAGGAGAAGAUCAAGGCUGCGGGUGGGAUCGAACUGUUUGUUGGAGGUAUCGGGCCUGAUGGACACAUCGCCUUCAAUGAGCCGGGCUCCAGUCUUGUGUCCCGGACCCGUGUGAAAACGCUGGCCAUGGACACCAUCCUGGCCAAUGCUAGGUUUUUCGAUGGUGAUCUUGCCAAGGUGCCCACCAUGGCCCUGACGGUGGGUGUGGGCACUGUCAUGGAUGCUAGAGAGGUGAUGAUCCUCAUCACAGGUGCUCAUAAGGCAUUUGCUCUGUACAAGGCCAUCGAGGAGGGAGUGAACCACAUGUGGACGGUGUCUGCCUUCCAGCAGCAUCCCUGCACCGUGUUUGUGUGCGACGAGGAUGCCACUUUGGAGCUGAAAGUGAAGACUGUCAAGUAUUUCAAAGGUUUGAUGCUGGUCCAUAACAAGUUGGUGGACCCCCUGUACAGUAUGAAAGAAGUUGAGAAAAGCCAGGCUUCUAAGAAACCAUACAGUGAUUAGUCUGUGAGGGGCUUAGCAUCAGGUACCUCACAGAAAUGGGCAGGCCUUUCUGGAAAUUUGCCUUUAGCAGACAAGUGCGGUCUUUCUUUAAUCCAGUGUGGUUACUGCAGGUAAACGGGUGUUCCCAGCUAUGAGGCUGGAAGCCCAGUCAUGAAGUUUAUCACUUAAUCAGAAAAAAAAUCUCUGAGAAGUGUACCCCAUUAUUUUUGAUGUCUGCCACCCCCAAGUUAGGGCUCUCAGCUUUUUGUUCUGCUUCGGCCACUGUUCACAUGUAUGACACACUCCCAUCAGGAAUUCCUGUCCCUGGGUGCACUUAUUCUCAAGGGAGUGGGAAGCAGAGGCUUGCGUAUUUUGGAUACAGAAGUUUUGGAGCAUUCAGAGUUCCACUUGCACAGGCCUGCCGUUACCUGAGAGUCCCUGUUCCAGAGCGAGGAACAGACUAUCGCUGUUGGGGAUGAGGAACAAGGCAGCCGCACCGCUCGGCAGUAACAGGCGCUAUGGAAAGAAAGUGGUCCCAGGGAAAAGUAAUGAGGGGCGGUUUCGUGGCUUUCCUAGCUGGCCCUUCUGUGACUGCCAGGACACCUCGUGGAAGGAUAAAGUGAUUGCUGGUGAACCCAAGUUUAGGGGUCCAGCCAACAUGACAACCUUCCUCCCCUGCAGGGACCCUUUGACCACAGGAACCCUGUGUUUUUGUCAGAGGUUUCGUCCAUGCUCAGCAGUAAGGAAGAAGUCUACCAGGGCAUCAGACUCUUGCCCGCUGUCCGUGUGUCCUGCCGUGGUCAUGAGCCGGCCAGCAGCCCAGUUUGAGUUUAGUCACAGCGUGCAACAUAGUGCUUUGCUUCCCUGCCUCCGUGAGAGUCAAGUGCCAAGACACAUGCCAGGUGCUCUGGUGUUGCUUCCCCACUUAAAUGCCCUGGCCGGUAGCCCACUCGGUGCCCUGUGGGCUGAUGUUCUCAGGAUCUGUCGGUUGCUUUGUCCUGCAGUGCUCCUUCCCGGCUGGGCUGCUGCCCUGCCUGCCUUCAUGUUCUGAAGUCCUUGCAGAGUGGCUGCUGGCGCCGAUGCCUCUGUUUCUGUGCCUGCUGGAAGCUGGGUGCCUAUUUCUGGGAAAGAUUCCUCAGAGCCUGGCUCAGGCCUCAGAGCUGCAUUCGCUACCAGCAUUUGGUCUUUAGCUUUCCCACGUGAUUGUGCUGCCAUCCCGUGUUAAGAUCGUGAGCCCAUGGAUCAGUGGACUUGUUUACAGUGUGAUAUUUUCUAUUAAAUCCAGUAUUUUCAAACAAAA